AAGUUCCUAAAAAAAAUACCUUUAUGAUUUUGAUUAGAAUUACAUUAAAUUAAUAGAUUAAGGAAAAUAACACCAUCAAUUUUUUCUUACUCAAAAUGGUCUGACUUUGUACCAGUCCCAUCAAAGAAGCCAAACUACUUUGCAUGCUAAAGAAUAAGACGUUUAUUACAGGGAUUAAAAUUGUGAGGUUGGGAGAGCAGGCUGGGCAGGCUGCUGCCUCUGAAGCUUGUUGAACCUUCAGCUGCUGCGAAUCGGCUUGACAGUUAGGCAGGGAAGCUGGAUGUGUAUGAGAGAGAGCUAGGACAGAACGGAACCUGAGUUGGCCUCAACUCCACUUUUGAUGCUGUGGAUGACCUACAGGAGAGGCUUGCACUUGACCUUGGGGUUGCGCAUUCAGAUCCAGGAAUUGUAGAAGCUGCAGGAAGAUCUGAAGGAGCUGUAGGCCCAGCUGCUUCCCCAUGUCAGCAAAGUGGGCUAACAGCAGCAACACAGAGUAACUGGGAAUAUAAACAAGAAUAAGCUGUUUGUUUUCUGAUGGCUUUUAGUAUACACUGACAUAUGGCCUGUGAUGGCAUCCGAGACUGAGAAGACCCAUGCUCUACUCCAGUCUUGUAGCACUGACUCUCUUAUUGCCAGCCUUGGUCUGGGGCUAUUUGCCCUAGUAGCUGACAGAAUUCUUCAGUUUUCCAUAAUUCAGCAAAACGACUGGCUUCGAGCCCUCUCAGAUAAUGCUGUACAUUGCGCAAUCGGCAUGUGGUCAUGGGCAAUAGUCAUUGGAAUCAAAAAGAAGACUGACUUUGGAGAAAUCGUCUUAGCUGGAUUUUUAGCCUCUGUUAUUGAUGUAGACCACUUUUUUCUAGCUGGAUCCCUGUCUUUAAAGUCCGCUUUGACUCUUCCUCGAAGACCUUUCCUUCACUGUUCUACUGUGAUACCUGUUGUGGUUCUGACCGUGAGGUUUACUAUGCAUCUCUUCAAGCUCAAAGAUUCCUGGUGCUUUCUUCCCUGGAUGUUAUUUAUAUCCUGGAGCUCACACCAUAUCCGAGAUGGAAUUCGUCACGGUUUGUGGAUAUGCCCAUUUGGAAAAACUUCUCCUUUGCCAUUCUGGCUUUAUGUAAUAAUCACAUCAUCUUUACCUCACAUCUGUUCAUUCAUUAUGUAUUUAACAGGGACCAGACAAAUGAUGUCUUCAAAACAUGGAAUUCGUAUUGAUGUCUGAGGUAGCCAUAUGACAAUCAUAAAGAAGCAAAUGCUUCAGACAAUUAAGUAUCCAACAUUAAAGUGAAUUUUUAAAAAUGUAUUAAUUAGGUAUGUACACUAAUUAUAAUUCUGAAUCCUCUUGCUCAGGAAGCAUGUACAAGUUAAUAAAAACUAUUUGUUGUAAUUCUACUUUUCUAUAGCACUUGAAGUACAAUAUUAUAGUUCUGUUUAUUUCAUGAAAUAUUUGUUUAUCUGACUUUACUAAUAGCUUUAUUAGAUUAAUACCCAGUUAAGUUUUCUGGUACUAUACCAUUAACUUAGUUCAUUUCCUGAUGAAAAACAGUUCAAAUUUUUGGGUGACUAAUUUAUAGUAAGUUAGCAUUCUAUUUGGAUCCACAUUUUUCUGAGAUAUGGAAACAGUGAAACCGCCAAAAUAAAUGAGAUCAUGAAUAAGAUGUGUAGUGAACACUAACAUUUCUUUGUUUGUAAAUGUUGAUCUUGACUGAAGUUUAAUUUGCCAAGUGUUUAGUGAGUUGUGAAUACUGGCAAAUCCUGCCCAGUGCCAUGUGAGAGGCCAUUGAAAUAUUUUUAAAAGAUGAUAAUGAACAUUAGAUCUAGGUCACUGUUUCUUAACAUCUGCCUGAUGUUAAGAAACAAAACAUAUUUUUUCAAAAUGAAGUUUUAGGAAAUUUGCUUUUUCCUUUGUUCCUUUAGGUUUAAAGGUUAAAAAUUAUUAACCUUUAUUAGCAAAGGAAAAUUUAGUUGCAGUAAAUUUUACAUUUGCAUAAUUUAUUGUUACAUUGAUAUAAACAUCAGUGUCCCAAAGGCACCUGCAUUUUUGUAUAACAUACCUACCAUUUGCUGUCUUCAGAUUUUCUUACGUGUUUGUGAUCUGUAAUGCUAGUGAUUGUGUGCCUUAUUCUCUGAGAAAUGAUGAAACAAUGCCUUAUCCAAAGCAGAUUUUUCUCACUUAUUAAGUUAAAGAAUUCUGUAAAUUGUUACAAAGGUUUAAGCUCUUUAGUUAAUUUUUCUUUUUUU